GCAACAUUGUUUGGCCAAUUGGCAGGAAUUUGGUAGUGAAUAUUUCAGUACAACAACAGCAAAGGCGACGUGACGUGACGUUACGUUGAUGUAGCAGGAGUAGACAAUACGAAGAAGUGUAGACAACGUGGUAAAAAUCAUGGAUACGGCGGGCACUUUCUCCAUAUCCUAUGCGGACUGGUUAACGGAGCCACGGCGCCGCACAGUACUGACCAGCAUCGAAUCGAUGACUUCGUCACCACCGCCAUUGCCUCCGCCGCCGACGCAUUCACAACACCAGCAACAACAACAAGACACACUACCCAUAUCACUCACAUCUGCCAUCACCAAUGGUAAUGGUGGCGGUAGCGGCGGCGGCGGUGGUGGUUGUAGCAGUCCCAACGAUCCCACGACACAAGUGAUCAUACAACAACAUAAUGGUGACUAUCAACUGAGUAACGCCACACGCUACUUCGACCCACAGCCGACACAUUUGACUGCCGUUGUAUCGGCCGCCACACCGCAAGCAUUGCUCAGUCUGUCCCCAAACGAUGCAGCCACACAUCCACAUCAUACACAGCAGCAUCACCACCAUCAACAACAACAGCAACAACACCAACACCAUCACCACCAGCAGCAGCAUGAUCAACAGUCACAUAAUGAUGGCACACAUUACCAUCAGACACACUUGCAACAGCAGACGCAUGCGCAACAACAGUUAAGCAUAGAAUCAGCUGGUACAGCGGUGAAUCUGGGUGCUUUGGGUACAGCCCAUCAGGUACAUCAAUUGCAUACCCCCAAUGGGGGUACUUCCUACGUCUACGAAUACUACAAGCUGACCGAUGCGAAAGAUGAACCAACAGAUUCGGCAGCCGAAUUGCAUUGGAGCACUGCAACUGCCUCUACCAACAAAUUGAAUGGCCAAACCACACCUCUGGACGUAUCCGGCCUAUCGCAAAAUGAAUUCCAAGGCCUACUGCUUGGGUCACACCCAUCGGCUGGUGGCGGCACCGGCAACGCAUCCGCAACUCCAACAACCAUUUCACAGCAUUCGGCCAUUGUGGCAGCGGCCACAGCCGCAGCCGCGGCAGCUGGUGGCGCCACCACAGCUGUGGUGGUUACCGCCGAACAGCAACGUCAAGCACAACAACAGGCACAACAGACAAUCAGCAUCAAACGCGAACCGGAAGAUCUGCGCAAGGAGCCGAAAAGUGUCGUUAGCAGCACCAUCGUCGAUGCGACGAACAACAUCACCAAUGGUGGAGCGGGCAGUGGCGCGACACAUCAUCAGCAGCAACACGGCGGAACGAAGGUUUUAGUUGUGCAGUCACCAACACCACCAACGCACACAACCAUACAAAUUAAAGAGCCGCCUAUAAGUCCUGGAAGUCCAACAACAGAUACAAUGUACAGUGCCAGUGGUGGCACACAAAUUUUCUUGCAGGGCGCUCAUCAGUCCAAUGCACCUGUCCCCGGUGGCGGCGCAAAUAAUGUGAACGUAAAUGCACAGACUCCUAGCCCCGGCCCGUACAUCACACCCGACGGUUAUGGCAUGUACACUACGACACGCCUCACAUCGGGCGGUCCAACUUCCACCUUCAUUACAGAGCCCUAUUACCGCGAAUUCUAUACCACUGCAAACACCGCAGAUACCCAGACCGGCUAUGGUCAGGCGCCACGUAAUAUUGUGUACGGAGGCGCUGAGGUUGAUCCACCACAGCCGGGUACCACCUAUGAAGGUCGCUUCACAACAGCCUCAGCACCUGUGAAUAGUAUGCCAUCGCAUACCACGUCCAACACAGCAACAAUCAAGAAUGGCACACCAGUGUAUGCAAAGACCAUAACAGCUGCUGGACUAACGGUGGAUUUACCGAGUCCAGAUUCGGGUAUUGGAGCGGAUGCGAUUACACCACGGGAUCAGAACAACAUACAUCAGUCUUUCGACUAUACAGAGCUUUCUGGCACACUGUUGGACAGUAAUGGCGGCAUACCAGUGUCGGUGAACAGCAUACAACGCGGCGCUGUUAGCGUUCAUGGCCAAAAUAGUCCAACCACAUCUUUGGGCGGAUCUACGCCGAAUGGUGCAACACGUUCGAGGCCAUGGCAUGAUUUUGGACGCCAAAAUGAUGCGGAUAAAAUACAAAUACCAAAAAUCUUCUGCAAUGUUGGCUUCCGCUACCAUCUGGAGAGUCCAAUCAGUUCGUCACAACGACGCGAAGACGAUCGCAUCACAUACAUAAACAAAGGACAAUUCUAUGGCAUUACAUUGGAGUAUGUGCCGGAUCCAGAUAAGCCCAUCAAGAACACAACCGUCAAGAGCGUCAUUAUGCUGAUAUUCCGCGAAGAAAAGAGCCCUGAUGAUGAAAUCAAAGCCUGGCAAUUCUGGCAUAGUCGACAGCAUUCGGUGAAGCAGCGCAUUUUAGAUGCAGACACGAAAAAUUCCGUUGGUCUAGUUGGCUGCAUCGAGGAGGUCUCCCACAAUGCCAUUGCCAUCUAUUGGAAUCCACUGGAGAGUUCAGCCAAGAUCAACAUUGCCGUUCAAUGCCUGAGUACGGACUUCAGCAGUCAGAAGGGAGUUAAGGGUCUGCCGCUACACAUUCAAAUCGACACAUUCGAGGAUCCGCGUGAUGCUCAAGUCUUCCAUCGAGGCUACUGCCAAAUUAAGGUCUUCUGCGAUAAGGGUGCUGAGCGUAAAACACGCGAUGAGGAGCGACGCGCUGCUAAACGUAAAAUGACCGCUACAGGACGCAAGAAGCUCGAUGAGUUAUACCAUCCGGUUACCGAUCGUUCAGAAUUUUAUACAAUGCAGGACUUGCAAAAGCCACCGGUACUUUUCUCACCCGCCGACGACAUGGAAAAGAGCUUCUAUGGCCAUGAGACUGAUUCACUGACUGGCGCACCAGAUCUCAAAGGCACAUCACCGUUCUUGCUGCAUGGCCAAAAGGUCGCGGCGCCAACACUCAAAUUCCACAAUCAUUUUCCGCCCGACGUACAGACCGACAAGAAGGAUCACCUGCUGGAUCAAGGUCUGGUACCCAGUGCCAUGGGCGAUUUUGUGCCACCACUGAAACGCGGACGCAUGACACCGCCCACAAGCGAGCGCGUAAUGCUGUUCGUGCGACAGGAGAACGAAGAUAUCUACACGCCGCUGCAUGUGGUGCCGCCCACCACCAUUGGCCUGUUAAAUGCGAUUGAAAGUAAAUACAAAAUCUCAACAGCGAGUAUAAAUAAUAUUUAUCGUACAAAUAAAAAAGGGAUUACUGCGAAAAUUGAUGACGAUAUGAUUUCGUAUUAUUGCAAUGAAGACAUCUUUCUGCUAGAAGUGCAGCAGAUCGAAGAUGAUUUGUACGACAUAACAUUGACGGAGUUGCCCAAUCAUUGAGCAAAACAUUAAUUUGAUGGAGAAACAUUACAUGUACACGUAUGCGUGUAUGUACGAAUUUGUAUGUAUGAAGCGAUAAACUAGCAAGCAGCAGAGAACACAAGAAACAACAGCAAGCAAAAACAACAGUAGCAGCCAAAUGCUAGAGACAACAAGCAGAAAAACUCAGCACACAUUGUUAUUGUAUUCGUUUGAAAAGCUGAUGUGUGAGAUGUUCUUAUAAUGAUGAAAACAACAAACAACAACGACAACAGUAAUGCACAAAACAAUGGACACAAUUAUAGUUAUGUUAGAUAAUAAAUUCUCAACAAAAAAAUGAUAAAUACAAAUACUCGUAGGAGCAUAUAAAUAAUAUUUUUUUUUGUUUUUUCAAGUUAUUACUAAUAACUAUAAUAAAUAUAUGCGCGUUUAUACAUUCGUAAAAAACAAUAAGAAGUAGAAAAAACCGGCAGAUACAAAUAUUACCUACUAAAUAUUACUACUUUUUUCGUUCUGCUUCUAAGUGAAGUGGCCACUGCUGCUGCGUCUAAAUAUUUGGAUAAAAAAACAAGAGCAACAAAACGUGCUGAUUGCUGCAAAGAGACAAACGUUUGAAACGAAAUUAGAAUAUACACAGACACCCACACACAAUUAUUUGUUAUUUUAUAUUAAUUUAAUAUAUAUAAUUUUAUAUAUAUAAUUUUAUAUAUACGCGAAAAUUUGAUUGUGUUAACAUUUUUAGUAAAUAAAAAUUACUUUAAGUACCCAGACGCUUAA